AUUACCGCUGAAAGACUGUGGGCCCAUUCCAAUAAAAAAUGGCGGCCGAUUCUAAAGGUAGAGCCAAAACUUUUGGUGGAAGUAAAUGGAGAAAACGGGCGAAUAUUUCUGGAGUCGGAAGCAAGGAGAAAGGCCAAGGGUUUGCUCACUUCAGGAAGCAGAAAGCUCUGAGAGAAUAUAAAAAACUAUUAAAAAAGACAAGACGUGAAAAGCCAAUGCUUGUCUUGAACACUUUGGAGGAUGAUAUCCAAUCAAACCUGACUGAGCCCAUUGUACACAGGGGCUCUUCAGAUGCCACAGAUAGGCUACAGGAAACCAAACAGCAAACAGCACAACAAAAACAGAAUGUCUCCAAGAAUAUAGGCAGAGCUCCCAAGAUAGAGAAGAGAAAAACUUGUAGUAAAUACCAUGAUGCUCAAGAAAAGUUUAAAAGACAAAAAAUUGAGAAUGAACAAUUAAAGAAGGAAAAAGAGAAGGAGAAGGAGAAGAAAAUAGCAGAGCUACAGGAGAGUCUUAAAAGGCGAAGAGAAACCCACAAACAAUUGACAAAAAGAACCCAAAGAGGACAGCCAGUCAUGGCUAACCAAAUAAGUCAUCUCUUACAGAAAAUACAAAGUCACAGCUAGACAGAGAAAAUAAUUAUAGAUGUAUUAAUUAGAGAAGCUUCAUCAUAUCCAAGCAUCAGUUUUAUGGGCAUAAUGAUAAGCAUAAUAACAUACAUUAAACUAUUAAAUGAUAGUGAACCAUUCAACUAAUAACAAUAACCAUCUUUCC